AGGGGGCAGAUCUCAAGUCGGUUAAACCAUUGUCCCCAAACGAGAAAUUGGGGAGGUUUCCAUGGACCGCCGCCGCCGCCGUCUUGCGCCCCCCGUCAUGCCGCUCCCGGCGCCUGCGCCGCCGCUGGACAACGACGACCUCCUCCGUGAGAUCCUACUCCUCCUUCCUCCGCAGCCGUCCUCCCUACUCCGCGCCUCCGUGGUCUGCAAGCGCUGGCGCCGCCUCGUCUCCGAUCCGGGCUUCCGCCGCCGCUUCCGCGCGCACUACCGGAAGCCCCCACUCCUCGGCUGCUUCUACUUGGACCUAGAUAUCGGUUACGUCUUCACUCCCACGCUGGAUCCGCCCGACCGCAUCCCCGCCGCGCGUUUCUCCCUGCCGCAGCAGCGCUGCCGCGACGAGAGGUUGGCCUUUGUGGAAUGCCGCCACGGCCUAGCCCUUUUCCUCAACAAGAAUCGGCCCGAGGCCGUGGUGUGGAACCCCAUCUCCGGUCACCAGCGCCGAGUAGCUUUUCCAACAGAGUUUGGCAACACUAGAGAGAUGGACAUCCUAUACGCGGCGGUGCUCUGCGCUGCCGGUGACGACGACCCUUGCCAUGUGCACGGUGACUGCGACUUGAGCUCUUUUAAAUUGGCUUUGGUGCGAGGUGGUGAAGACAACGCAAGUGUAUCUGUAUGCCUCUACAAAUCCAAGUCUGGCCUAUGGGGAAAUGUUAUCUCAGCAACUAAAGAUUGGUACACAUUGAGUAGUCGGAGAAUGCACGGUGUCCUGGUUGGGAAUGCACUUUAUUGGUGGUUUAUCCAAGUAAUUGAAGGUGUUAUCCUUGAGUUUGAUUUUGAAAUGCAGAAGCUUGUUGUAGUUGAGAAGCCAGUAGACCAAGGUCGUCGUUCUGGCUUUCAGAUCGUGCGGAAAGAGGAAAGUAGUCUUGGACUCAUCAUGUUGACAGAACUGACCAUGCGGCUGUGGGAGCGAAAGGUCAAUUCUGAUGAUGUUGCUACAUGGGCCCUUCAGAAAACCAUUGAUCUGACAAAGCACCUUUGGCCAAGACAGUCCGUCCAGGUCUUCUGGACCAGGAUACAGGGGUACGAUGAGGAUCACAAUGUGAUAUUUCUGGGGACAUCUAGUGGUUCCUUCAUGAUUCAACUCGACUCAAUGCAGUUCGAUAACCGUUUUCAAUUCAAGUCCAUCUUCACCCAUUUCCCCUACACAAGCUUUUAUGCUGCAGACUGGGCAGCUGGUGGUAGAGAUGAUGGAACUGAAAUGUCAAGCAGUACAUCACCUAAUUGUCCUAUCAGAUAAGCUACCAUAAUGUGUUAAUUAAACCCGCGAUGUGCAUUUUGCUUCUGAUACAUGUUUAUUUAUUUAUUACCUUGUCGACAUUUUGAUAUAAUCCUGCAAACUGUGUAUCCUCUGAAUAUUUAAGCUGUUCGCGACCUAUCUAGUAGAUUGGGAUCAAAUUUGUUUCAGUUGUAAACAAGCUGCGUAUUAUGUAGUAUUUUAUUGGAUGUGACCACUUUUGUUUCUUCUUGCCCGUUUUGUAUUCUUUUUCAAGGACCAAAAUCUCAGAGAGAAUCCUAUAGUUCUCUCAUGCACAUAUGUUCCUCAGAUGUCACCACCUACGGUAGAUCAUAUUUUGAGGGCAACCGCUAUCUAGCUCCUAUCUCCUGGCCCUACUUCUUAGAGCAUCUCCAAUAGGUGCCUAUAAUAAGAUACUAAACUGUGGCUGGAGAAAAAUUUGCAACACCUAAAAGUGCUUUUUUACAACACCAAAAACCUCCAACUCUAAUAGAUGCCCUAAGACAGGUGUUGCAAAAUACAUCAUGGUUGUCUUCUUGUGGGUGCCCUAUUUUAGGGCACCUGUUGGAGCAACAGUGAUAUAAACCUUGGUCAAAUUAGAAGAAUAUAUAAUUUUCAGUCUCUAUUUCAUUGUGGAUAUUUAGACCAAUAAUCUUGUAUUUGCAUAUCCCCGACUUAGUCAUAUUAGCUAUGUACUUGAACAUUUUAUGUCCUCAUAUGCCAUGAUAGGCAACUGCGGCUCGAUAAUUCGGGGGCUCUGUUUGAUUCUGGCGGAGGAUGUUGCCAUUUAACACGAUAGGAUCACCGUGAUCUUAUUUUUCUUCUUCUGAUUCUUGUCAGUUAGGAAGUUUGACAGAGACUGGAUGUUCAGUUUGUUACGUAUAUUAGAUUUCCCUUGUUGAUGUUUUCAUCACGUAAGAAGUUUCAACCUACUACCUGUUUGCAUCACCCCCCUGGUCCCUAGUAUAAUCCUCUUUCCCAGUCAGCCAAGUCAUCCUGGCCGUCUAUCUGGAGGUAUUUACCAAAGCUGUUGUCACCUGAUGGAAACUGAAGACUAUGUAAACAGUAUAUGUAUCAGACUAUCAGUACAAAUCUGCAGACGCCUCUUCCAAUUUUGUGCCUCGUGUUACCUGUCUCUGUUUGUUAGUUUCCAUCUGAUAUUUUUGCUAAACUGAUUUACCUGGGAAGGUUCGAGCAUUGACUCCAUAACUUCUUUUUGUAAAAAGGAAGCGGUGCCCCCAGCAUCUGCAUUGUUUGGUGCGCACAACCAAUAAACUCUGAACUGUGUUGCCAGAUUUUACGUUUGGAACUAGCUGAGAAUUUACAGCUUAAUCUUGGUCCGGGUGAGUAAUGAGAGUCGGAAUUACUGACAUUAUUGUUUCCUUCGUAGUUAGCGAAGCUGCUUAGAAGCCUCUUGUGUGAACCGAUCCCACAUAUAUCAGAACCAAUUACAUGCUGAGAGAAGACAUUUAUUUGACAGCAGAAUAAAUAGGAGAGAACAAGUAACCCUGAUGACUGGUAGCAACAAUUCGUAUCUACUUGCUAGUAAAGAUUGUGCAGAAUUAGUCAUGUUUGUGUUAACUAUGUAUUGGUUGUAGCUGUGCUUGAUUUGUUGUUGGUUGGCCAUACAAGCACUUACAUUUGGAGAUCAUCUUCAGUGUCAGAUUGUUGUCAUAUUCUGUCACGCGCUGGCGCUGGCGCCAAUACCAUUUAGAAGUCCUCCUGUGUGCUAGUCUGAACAAAUCAUGAUUUUACUGGCUUAAUAGCUAUUGGCUGCUGCAUGAAUAGCUCUGACCACUGUACCAGAAUACUGAAUCAGUUAUUAUGAGAGAAUGCUGAAUGAGUGCUGCUGCUGUUUCUCUUGGAUUAUGCUUGUAGCAGGGAGGCACUGCCUUUGUUUGGUCAUCUGGACAUUGCCACAAUAUCAGGCACAUGUAUGUGGUUUCUUCAUCUUUACAGCCCAUGUAUAUGCCAUUGAAACCAAAAUUGAGACUCCGCCGAUACUGUCUAAAUUCAGGCCUGAAGAAGUGUCAAGAUCAUUGGGAAUAGGCCUUGCCGGGCAGAGCCGCCGGCCUGAGCUCACCACCAUGGAGGAAACCGGCGAACCACUUGGCGGAGUGCUUCUGGUACCUCGUCCUCUCCUUGGAGCUGAAGUCCACACCGUAGAGGCCAUAGCCCAUGCGGUAGCCGAAGAGGUACUCGAAUACGUCCAGGAAUGACC